UGGUGACAGAGCCAGAGAGAGAGACGAAGCAGGACGGUGCAGAGAACCCUGUGGAUAGAAAGAGAAACUUACACAAGAAAGGAGAAUGGUGAAUCUGCUGCACAGCAUGAAAUACUCCUUCCUGGUGACAACCCUGAGCCUCCUGCCACUGCUGGACUGCGUCAGAGGACAAGACAAGUGCUGGGCUUUGCAGAAAGAACCCAGGGGGGACUCUUACCCUAGCUGCUGUGACAUCGGCCUGACCGACGGCGAUUUACCAGUACAGCUGGAGUCAGCCAGGAAAAUCACGAGCAUCCCCGCCUCGUGUGAGGAGCUGCUGCAGGAGAACAACACCUUCUGCAGCUGUGUGAGGGACAAGAUCCACAGCUUCUGGCCUGACUUCGAGGAGUACCUCACCGGGAACGAUGCGAAUGAGAGCGUCAUAGACAUAACAGGGGCAAAGGCGCGGGUCCAGAACGUGAGGACCUCCAUCGCCCACGAUCUCGUCUUCACACUCACGCCGAAUGAGGUCCCCAAGGAGCUAGACACAAGUGAGAAGAGGAACGGGAGCAACGUAAAACUCCCCAGGGGACUAUUUCAGUCCAUUCGCAGCGAGACAGACUACGUCAAAGUGGCAGUGUUGGUGCUCGACGUUGGACAGGUGGGCCUGUUUAAGGACCCUGACCAGACAGGCACCAUGCUAGACAACGUCAUGGUCAGUGUGAAAGUGGGAGGCAGGCAAAUCACCGGGCUCAAUGACUGUGUAGAACUCACCUUCUCCCACGGACUAUUGCCCCAGAACGUGGCCCGUCAGUGCGUCUUCUGGGACACCAAGAAAGGCAGGUGCGGAGGAUGGAACACAUCUGGCUGUCUCACUGAACUCAGAGACAGGGGGACCAUGUGCUGCUGUGAUCACCUGACCUUCUUCACCCUCUUAAUGAAUCCGUCCCUAGACAAUGCCGCAGCCCAGAAGUUAUUUACUAUCGCAGAUGUCGGCUGUGGGAUUUCCGUGGUCUUCUCAGCCCUCACCAUCAGCCUGUACUUUGCUCUAAGGUUCGCUUACAAAAUAUUCAAGUCCAAUGACACGGCCAAGAUCCACGUGAACCUUACGAGCAGCCUGCUCCUCCUGAACCUGGCCUACCUACUGAACAGACGGAUCUUCAGCCUGGGCCAUACAGGGCUAUGCAAGGGCAUCGGAGGCUUCACCCACUACUCCCUGCUCUGCUGUUUCACCUGGAUGGCCAUUGAGGCCUUUCAGCUCUACCGGUUGGUCAUCAAAGUCACCAACAUCUACAUUCGGCACUACAUGGCGAAGCUGUCCCUCGUCGGCUGGGGCUUCCCUGCUCUCGUGGUCACCAUCACUGGCAGCAUGAACAGCUAUGGAAAAUACACCAUUAUGGAUACGGCCAACCGGACCACCGUCACCCUGUGCUGGAUAGACUCCGCUCACUUGGUGGUCCAUUACGUCACCAACUGCAGCUACUUCGGCCUGAUCCUCCUCUUCAACACCCUGGUCCUCGUGGUGGUAGCCUGGAAGCUGUUCAGCCUGCAGCGUGCCACAGCGGGGAAGGAGGAGAAAAUAAAGGCCUGGAAGGGGGGCCUCACAGUGCUAGGCCUCUCCUGCCUGCUGGGAGGCACCUGGGGGCUGGCCUUCUUCACCUACGGCGCCAUGUCCGUGCCCGCAGCGUACCUCUUCACAGUACUGAACUCUCUCCAAGGUCUCUUCAUAUUCAUCUGGUUCGCUGUUCUCUACUAUCCAAAGAAAGGAGCAACCACAUCCUCCUCCAGCAGCGGCAAGAAUGGGAAAGUCACCACCGCUUCCCACAGCUAACUGUAGGCCCAGCUUCUCUUCCAGGCAGAGGGGGGGCUAGUUCAGAGGAAUUUGCCCAGUCCACGUAGCUUCCUCAAUGAGCGGAGAGGGAUGGGCAGGGCGCUAGCAAGGUGGAGAGCCGUGCUUAGGCUUGCGUGGCAAGCACAAUCAUGCAGUAGAUGAGCCCCUUUCUGUGCUCCUUCCCAUGGUGGGGUGGGGGAGAGGAGUUUUGUCUAGCAGUCAGAGCAGGGAACUGGAAGUAAGUGGCCUGCGUUCUGUGCCUUGUUCUGAACCUGAUGCACUGCAUGAGGAUCAGAAUAAUACCUUCCUUACAGAUGGGUGAACCGUGGCACAGAGGAGUCAAGUUAUUUGCCCAAGGCUACCAGCUAUGGCUCAGUUUACCCCCCUGUGAAAUUGAUUUGCCAUAAGAGAAACUCUUCACAGAGGCCAACCUCUCUGUCUGAUUAAGGGGCCUUGGUUACCUGAAGACAGAGCCUAGAGCACCUGGCAUCUCACCUACUUCAGCUAAUGUCCCUGCAGAUCAUCACAGCUUUCUUGUGGGCUCACAACUGCCCCUUACUCACUUAGGUCAAGAUCUGCAAAGGUAUUUAAGCACCUUACUCCCAUUGGAUUUUUCUUCUAAGGAGCUCCCUCUUGAGAGAGAGAAGAGGAAUGAGAUCUGAAUGGAGACUUCUAGGCAUAAGCUUGAUGGAUUCAAGCUCUAUAGCUUUGCCCCUUUAGUUAAGGCGGAAGAGGACCAGGAGUUGGAAUUGAGCCAGCAGGAAAAUCUGUAAGCGCAGCAGGACAGGGGUGAAACCUGACAGUCACUACAGGUUCAUGGAUGGAGUUUAACUGAGCUACAGCACAAUCAGAUAAGAGGAUUCUGUCCCCCCUUUCGCAGGUGUCUCUCUUGCUAUAUAUUAAUGGGGAAUAAGUUGGCUCCUGGGAACAAUUCCCAGUUAGCAGAUUCCAAUAAAUACAGAUAGGUAGAAGGGUGCACACAUCUCUCAGAGCUGCAGAGGCUUGAUGGGCUGACUUAUUUCUCUCUCCCUCCUCAUUCCCUGGAGUUGAAAAAGCAGCUCUUCCAUUUAUCAGUGGGAACUCCAUUAUGCACUAGGCCAUUCCAUCAAAAUUCCUGAAUCCAUUUCUAAUCCAUGGCACUGCACAUGUACUGCUGAGGACUUUUGAAUAAAUAAGUGAAUUAAUA